UUGUCUCUGGUUGCACUCUACGAAAGUCAGACUCCCGCGGUGUUGUCAUUUUAUUCUGAUCAUGUCUAGGAGUAGUGGAUUCAGAGUUCAGUUCAGGGACAGAUCUUACAUGCAUAUAAGAUCUAUUCUGUUGCAUUCUAUUACCAACAAAGUCUCUGCGCUCAGGAAUGCUAAUUUAUAUGUAUAUUUUAUAAUUUAGAUAUUCAAUCACACUGACAUGUAUAUCGUGCCAUCUAUUGUUAUGAAAGAAGCACGAAGCGAUGUGUUUAUCAGUGAAUCGAGGAAGACCCGUCGAGUUGGAAUUGAUUGGAACUUGGAAGUCGGGGCCGAGCAGAGCCCAUAGUGCGCGGCGCGAGCCCCGCUCCCGGUUUCGAGCCCUUGCGACUUCGCGACCUUUUCUAGUUUGUGGUGACCUUCACGCGAACUUGACCGUAGAUCCGUGUUCCCGACCGUGGUCCACCCACCCGUUCCGCUCGCUCCUCGGCACGUCGACAAUUAUUGCACGAUUAUUUAAGCCAGUAAACAAAUUGUACGAAAUCCAGAAAAAUGUCGAGGGAACAACGUGUAUCCCGAAGAUUUUAUCGUAUGGACAGUUGCAACGAUUUAUUUGAAUUUAUGGAUCGUGGAUAUUCGGCACAGAAUGAGAAUAGAUGGAAUUUCGAAGUCGCAUGGGAGGCAGCCAACAAAGUCGGUGGUAUAUACACGGUAAUACGAUCGAAAGCUUAUGUAUCAACGGAGGAAAUGGGGGAUCAAUAUUGUCUCAUUGGGCCUUACAAAGAGACUUCUGCACGAACAGAAGUCGAGGAAGCUGACUUCCCUCAUAACAAUCCAUUGCAUUUAGCAGUGCAAGUGUUACGUGAACAGGGAUUCAAAGUUGUAACAGGAACGUGGUUAGUGGAUGGGAACCCUCAAAUUAUUCUUUUUGAUAUUGGAAGCGCAGCAUGGAAGUUGGAUGAGUACAAGCAAGAAUUAUGGAAUACUUGUAAUCUCGGUAUUCCUCAUUUAGACAUAGAAGCGAACGACGCGAUUAUACUCGGUUAUCUCGUUUGUCAGUUUAUCUCAGAAUUCAGAAAAGCUGCCGAAGGAUACUCGGAUGUUCCUCCUCGAGUCGUCGUUCAUUGCCACGAAUGGCAAGCCGGUGUCGGGCUGAUCGCAUUGCGAACCAGACACGUGGACGUUGCCACAGUUUUCACUACGCACGCCACUCUUCUCGGGAGAUAUCUUUGUGCGGGAAAGACUGAUUUUUAUAACAAUUUAGAUAAGUUUAACGUCGACGAAGAAGCGGGGAAACGACAGAUUUAUCAUAGAUAUUGCAUGGAACGCGCGGCCACGCAUUUAGCUCAUAUAUUUACAACAGUUUCUGAUAUAACUGGCUUAGAAGCUGAGCAUUUGUUGAAACGAAAGCCGGACAUAAUUACUCCGAAUGGACUGAACGUAAAGAAAUUCGCUGCCCUGCACGAGUUUCAAAACUUGCACGCCGUUAGCAAAGAGAAAAUACACGAAUUCGUUAGAGGACAUUUCUAUGGACACUAUGAUUUUGAUCUGGACAAAACACUGUACUUCUUUAUUGCCGGACGUUACGAAUUUGGUAACAAAGGCGCGGACAUAUUUAUCGAAGCUCUAGCCAGACUGAAUCAUUAUUUGAAAACGUCUAGACCAGACACGACCGUCGUGGCGUUUCUCAUUUUCCCAGCACGGACCAACAAUUUCAACGUCGAGUCAUUGCGAGGCCACGCUAUUGUUAAAUCUUUGAGGGACACGAUCAAUGACAUACAACAGAAAAUAGGAAAACGCAUGUACGAAUUAUGCCUCUCUGGUCGCAUGCCCGACGCGCACGAUCUUUUGCAAAAAGAAGACACCAUUAAGAUUAAACGAUGCCUGUACUCUUUACAGAGGAACGGCUUGCCUCCGGUUACUACGCAUAACGUUGUAGACGACUGGAACGAUCCGGUGUUAAAUUCUGUCAGAAGGUGCAAUCUCUUUAACACAGUUAACGACCGAGUCAAGAUAGUUUUCCAUCCGGAGUUUCUGUCGUCUACAAAUCCAUUAUUCGGCCUUGAUUACGAAGAAUUCGUACGAGGCUGUCACUUAGGAGUGUUCCCUUCAUACUACGAACCAUGGGGGUACACGCCCGCGGAAUGUACCGUUAUGGGUAUUCCUAGUAUAACUACGAACUUAUCCGGUUUCGGAUGCUUCAUGGAAGAGCACAUAGCCGACCCGAUGAGUUACGGUAUCUACAUCGUAGAUAGACGGUUUAUCGGUUUGGAGAACACUAUCCAACAGCUUGCGAACUACAUGUUCGAUUUCGCGCGGCUAAGUCGGCGACAGCGCAUCAUUCAAAGAAAUCGUACGGAACGUCUGAGCGAUCUGCUCGACUGGAGAAAUCUUGGCAUCUAUUACCGUCAAGCUAGAAUGAAAGCGCUGACGGCGGUCUAUCCAGAACUGAAGGAAGAAUACUCCGAAGGGGGAGUGGGACGUUUCAGUUAUCCUAGGCCUAUCAGCGAACCGCCGUCACCGUCUUCCUCGAGACACACUACUCCUGCUGCUUCGAUUCACGGCUCCGACGACGAAGACGACGAAGAUGUUGACGAGGAAAAGGAGCUCGAAGAAUUGCGCCAAACGCACGCCAGAUAAAUUACAAUUAAUAAGGGAUACUGCGCACGCUACAGUAGAGAACACUGGAAUAUAUUAAAUGAUUACGGGGAGAUUUUUUCCGACAGUAGUGCCAAACAGUUUGAUUACGGUCUUCCAUAAAGAGAAUUAUUUUAAAUAAGUCGUUCAUCCCAUAUUUUUAAUCUCACUGUUAAUACUCGUAUACGUUUGUUGCAUCGCAGGAAAGAGAAUGAAUCAUGAUAAAAUAACAGCAUAUAUAUAUACAUGCAUAUAUAAGAGUA